GACUUCUGGGUGUGCAGCAUUGGCCAUCUCUGCGGCAUUUAACUCAAGUGUGUGUGCAAGUUGACAGGAGCCAGGUCCCUGAGUCGUAUUUUGGAGAGACAGAUGCAAGAAGCCUGGACCUUCUGAACAUACACUUCAAUAAUGGUGCAGGAAAGACAACGCAAAGGGAAUGGAGUCUGCUGGACCUUGAGACUCUGGUCAGCCGCUGUGAUUUCCAUGUUACUCCUCAGCACCUGUUUCAUUGCGAGCUGUGUAGUGACUUACCAGUUUAUGAUGGACCAGCCCAGUAGAAGACUAUAUGAACUUCACACAUACCAUUCCAGUCUCACUUGCUUCAGUGAAGGGACUAUGGUGUCAGAAAAAAUGUGGGGAUGCUGCCCAAAUCACUGGAAGUCAUUUGGUUCCAGCUGCUACCUCAUUUCUACCAAGGAGAACUUCUGGAGCAUCAGUGAGCAGAACUGCGUUCAGAUGGGGGCUCAUCUGGUGGUGAUCAAUACUGAAGCUGAGCAGAAUUUCAUCACCCAACAGCUGAAUGAGUCACUUUCUUACUUCCUGGGUCUUUCUGAUCCACAAGGUAAUGGCAAAUGGCAAUGGAUGGAUAAUACUCCUUUCAGUCAAAACGUCAGGUUCUGGCACCCCCAUGAGCCCAAUCUUCCAGAAGAGCGGUGUGCUUCAAUAGUUUACUGGAAUCCUUCGAAAUGGGGCUGGAAUGACGUUUUCUGUGAUAGUAAACACAAUUCUAUAUGUGAAAUGAAGAAGAUUUACCUAUGAGUGCCUGUUAUUCAUUAAUAUCUUUAAAGUUCAGACCCACCAAGAAACCAUAACUUCUUGGCAUGUACAUCUGACUGUAGCCAUUUUUUCCCUAGCUGCUCCCUUAUACUCACGACAGAAUGAGUCCUUUCUCUUUCUCAUGGUUAGAAUUUUGUCAACUUGACACAAACUAGAGUCACCUGGGAAUUAGGACCCUCAGCUCUGGAAUUGCAUCCAUUAGCUUGAUCAGUCAGCAUGUGUGUGGGGCAUUUUCUUGAUUAAUGAUUGUUGUAAGAGGGUCCAGGGGGUAAGCAAAGCUGCAAAAGCCAUGAAGAGCAAGCUGGGGAGCAUCAUCCAUCCAUCUCUGCCCCAGGGUCUUGCCCUGGCUUCUUUCUAUGAAUAAACAAUUUCAUCCAA